AUGAUUGUGAAAAUAGGUGCCGGAUUGGCUACUUACAAAGAGAAGUUUACUGUGGUGGAUGACGAGAAACAAGUAAACGAAACCGAGAUAGUUGAAGGUGGAUAUCUUGAUAUGGGAUUUACGUUGUAUCGCGUUCGGUUGGAAGUUAUAGAAAAUGAAGGGAACUCAUCAUCGUGCAUCACCAAAUCCACAAUAGAGUAUGAGAUGAAGGAAGAAUCUGUAGCCAAUGCUUCAUUUGUUUCAAUCCAAACACUAGUCAAUAUUAUGGAAGUUGUUGCAACUUAUUUGGUGGGUAAAGUAGUGAUGGAUUAUUGA